AUGUUCAUCACUUUUAGGAGUAUAGGAAGGUCAACAACACUAAAUAUUCCAGUUUAUGAGUAUGGUGUGUCAUUCCAAUUACUUGUCUCUUCUUUCUUUCAAAAGUAUUCUAUGGUGUUCAGUGCACAAAAUUUUCACUUCCUGGGAGGCUUUUGUGGUGCCUUGCUUGGGUCCUCUAGAGACAGGGAUGGGAAUGAUGGGCUCGUGAAGACAGUGAACAUCCCUUCCCUCCCCUCUGAACCUACUCUCUGGUUACUUGUCGUACAGGAGCUCUGGGCCAUGCCCUUCACCACUCCUACAAGUGAGCCCCCUACUGGGAAUUUUCUUUGA